AUGCGUCCCCGCUCCAGACUCCUGGCUAAGAGGUGCCUGCCCACCAUCAGGGAGGGCUAUGAGGAGCUGGUCCAGGACAUGAACCAGGCCAACAGCCGCCACCUCCCUCCCCAUAGUCAGGCCCACUCACUGUCUACCCACGACUACUUCCUGUCCAUCUGCCAGCUCGCCCGCCCAACCUUCCCCCAGGGCGAACCCGACUGUGACAUCCUCACAGUGGGCUCGCUGGCCUCCCUGAGGCCCUGUCUGAGGCUGCACAGACUGAGGGACCCUGUGCCACCCUGUCAGCCUCUGAUCUCCAAGGUAAGCCGCCACACACAGUUAGAGCAGGAGGAGAAUCAGAGGGAGUGUAGUGGCCCAGAGAGAGUGGUGGAUGCCAGCUCAGGUCAGACCUCCAGUAGGGUUGACCCCAGUGUCUCUGACCCCCUGGAGUUCCUCUACGGAAACAGGGAAGGACUCCUCUCAGCCACCUGUCGCGCCCAUGACUCACAGGGCUGGAGGGGUGAGGAGAGAGAGAGUGAUACCCAGCGUCGACCACAACCCCCGGUACGCGCCGACAGUUUCCCCCGCAUGUGUUCCUCGCCCAUGACCCAGCGCAAAAGCAGCUGCCCGGAGCUCUGCCUGGUGGACCCCACUGACCAAAAUAAGCCAAACCCUGACCCUGCUCCACCACAGACAUCCUCAUCAGACCAGCAGAAAUCUGAUGCCUCCAGCUCACUCUCAUGGAGGUUCCAGAACGACCCAGACAGGGCCCCUGCAGGUGAGAGGGGGAAGUGCACUCGCUACAUGGACAAGCACACAAUGGUAUCACACUGGAUUGCUGACUGUCGCUCGGCCUGGAGAGAAGCCAGAAUCAGGGCGUGCAUGCUUCCUGCCAUCGCAGAGAUGUAA